UGGCUGCCCCCUUCUGCCCGUCCCGUGAAUGGACGGGUGUGGAGAAGGUGGAUCUCGCCAUGGUCGAGGUGGUGGACGCCGCUUCUCUGCGGCCGCUGCAGCUGCGCUCGUGCCGCGUGAUGGCGCGCGUCAAAGGACUGGCCGCCGAGGCGAUCGUCAACCUCGACUACAGCAACGAGGCGGAGAGGAGCGCCGAGGUGCUGCUGCUGCUGCUCCCCACGAGCCCCUGCGAUGGGGACGCGUGGAGCGUCGUCGGCCUGCAGGCGGUGAGCGGCGGCCGUGCCGGUCAGCUCGCAGCUCCUCGACACCGCGGGGCCCGCAGGAGAGACGGCACGAACCUGAGCAUCUCGGGGCUCCAAGCUCCUCGGGGAGCCAAGGGCAGCGUCAGUGCAGCGGACUACGACUUCAGCUUCGUCAUGGAGGCACGGGGUCACUGCCUAUUGGCCGGGGUGGACAGCGUGAGCGGUCACCCCGUGAGGGUGGACGCGGCGCCCUGCGCCCCCACCGCACGCUCCGUCUUUGUCACGCUGCUGGAUCGCUCGCCCGAGGAGAUCCCCAUUCGGAUCCGUCUCCACCCCAGUGAGUCGAACGCUCCCUACGUGUUGACGGAGCGUGGCGAGAUGAGCGCCUGGGAGUACGCGCAGCACCUGGACUCGAGGAAGAUCUCCCGAUACGUGAACUGCCCCGACAAAUUGCACAACAUGCUACGGAGACGCAUGUACAGGGAUGUGAUGCUGCUGCCCGCGGUGAUGCUGGCCUUCAGCCCGGCACUGCUAGAGCCCUGGGACCAGCCCACGUCCGCCACCACCACCAGCCUGCCCCGUGUCCCCUGCGGCGUGGCAGCGAUGGCACGUGGCCCCUGUACCGAGCUCAUCUUCGUCGUUGACCGUGCCCUGGCCAAUAGCGGCGGUGCUGCCGCUCGGAACGUGAAGGAGGCUAUGAUCGUGCUGCUCAAGAGCCUGCCGAUGCGCUGCUACUUCAACGUGGUCAGCUACAGCUCCACCUUUCAGCUGCUGUUCGCACGCAGCCGGCCCUACAGCAACGAGACCCUGCAGAAGGCCUGCGCUUUCGUCCGACGCCUCCGCGGAGAGACGCCGUCCCAGUCGGACCCCGUGGGGCCCCUCGCCUGGGCGCUGGGGGUCGGCACAAAGUGGGGGGGGGCGGCGGCGCCGGCGGGGGCGGCGCGGCCAAGACGUCCGCUCGGUGGGACCGCGCCGGGCAGUCGAGGAGCACCAGGAGGAGCGUCGGUGUCGUCGUUGGGGGCACCAGACGGAGACACGCAGGGGGGAGAGUCGUCGGACGAGCCGCUAGACGAGCUCUUCCUGCUGAGCGGACCUGGAGGAGGCGCCGACGCGGGCCAAGUGCUGAGCAUGGCUCGGGUGUACGGGAGAGGCACACGCUGCUUCACGUUCGCCGCGGCCUGCGGAGCGUCCCCGCCGCGCUUCCUGUCGGCGCUGGCCGCCCUCUCGCGGGGUCACGCCGAGGUCAUCCAGCCCGGCGAGCGCUUCCAACCGAAGCCGGCGCUCGCGGCCGUCAGCGUGGAGUGGCGGCUGCCCCCGGGGUUGCUGGCGCUGCCCGCCGCGCCGGCGCCCUCCAGCCUCCUGCCGGGCGACUCGCUCACCGCCUGCGCCUUCCUCUCAGGAGCAAGACACGGACUUCACGUCGUCCGGAGCCGGAGUGAGAAAGAACCCGCAGCGCCAGGGAUCAAGCUGGGACAAGCCAGCCUCCACUCCAGGAUCCAACGUGGGAAAAGGUGUCAGGACGGGCGCACCGAGGGAUCUGAAGCGAGGGGUGAGCGAGGCGGCAGUCAGCGCGGAUCGCGCGGGACGCUGUUCCCGGACAACGUCGGUGGAGCGUCUCCCGGCAGGGCCGAGCGAGCCGCGUCCCCCGACAUCGUUCGCUCGCAGCGUCUCCACGCCGGACGGCCGCCGCCCGCGUCUCGAUCCCUCCCAUCCUCAAGCCCGGCCACCCGCCGCUCGCGAUCUGCCAGUGGUGUGACGCAGCGGUCUGGGAGUCUGACGUUUCUGGCGACGUGGCCCGAGCAGGAGAGAUCCACCGCGCCGGGAGCUCCGGAGAAGAAGCACGCCGGCUCGCCGCUCGGAGAACCGAAGCGUCGGGGGGCGAAACAACAACAACAACAAAGAUGCGGACUGGAUCGCCAGACCUCCGCAACGGACCACCGUGACCCCCGCGACGCAAAACCCGGCACGGAUCACCGGCCGCGCAACGACGCAGACCCGCGCCCCCACGGACCCCCCCCCACUGAGCGCUCGCCCCGCCGGCGGGAGCCGGGGUUUGCGGGGAGCCCGGAGGAGCCGGAUCCGGAUUCCGGCCUCGCCGUGAUCCGGGCCGUGUUUGACGGGCGGCCCGUGGAGUGGCGGGCGCGGUUCGACGUGCGGGCGCUCAUGGAGGAAGGGUCGCCCGCCGGCGCCGUCGACGCCGACGCGGAAUCCGGGGGCCAGAUCCACCUCGUGGCGGCGAGGGCGCUCGCCCGCGAGCUCGAGAGGAAGGCCGAGAGGGAGGCGUGUGAUAGCGCUCGUAGCCGGCGCUGGCUGGCGCUGGCGGUGCGCGCCAGCCGAGCGAGCGGCGUGCCGUGCCGCCACGCUCGCCUCGCCAGCGUCGACGCCGGCUCGGGCGCCCCGCUCAGCUUCCCCGCCCACGUCAGGGCCGCCACCGAGAGCCACCACGACGACGCAGUGCAGCAGCCGGUGUUCCCCUCCGCUCCGUCGCAGAGCUCCCUCGACGGCCUCCUCGCCUCCAGGCUGGCGCGCCGGUGCAGCCAGGCGCUGCAGAAGGCGUCGUGCCCCAGCCUGUGGAAGGGGCCCGGCAAGGCGCCGGCGCCGCGGGCAGAGGACGACCUCGGCACGCCGGCCUACGCCGCCCUGCUGGACCUGCAAGAGGCCGAGGGCUCCUUCUCGCUGUCGCCGGAGUUCGCCGAGGCCACUGGCGUCGGCCUGGAGCAGCUCGCCCGCUCCUCGCCCUUCGCGUCGCUCCGCCAGAUCGCCCGUCACCCCAGCCUCUCCCACCCGAACCCGUCCGUGCCGGAGCUGUCCGGAUUCAAGCCAGCGAGCGAGCCCGCCGGCGCCCGCCACCGCCAGCUGAUGGAGCAGGUCGCCAGCGCGUUCUCGCGGGCCGCGUCCGACGCCAAGGAAUCACGCGGCUCGGCUUCGCCGACCGACGCCGACGCCGCAGCCAGUUCGGUCGGCGAUCCGCGAGGCCCGGGGCCGCGGCGGCCGCGUCACCGGGGCCAACGGGAACGCGCCGCUCCUGCCGGGCCGAAGGCCGCGGUGGAAGCGUCGCGGGAGGCCGAGGCCCGGGUUGCCGAGGGUGCCGCUGUCGGGACGGCGGGCAGCUCUGGCGACGAGACGUCGGCGAGCGAAGCCGGAGGCGCGUCGUCCGGGAGGAGAGUGGGUGGCGCUGACCGGGGGGUGUCGUGGGAGGCCCGGGGCUCGGCUGGCGGCGAGGAUCGCGGCGAAGCGUUCGGCGAUGUCGACCGGUUCGCCGGCGACGACGACGACGACGGCGAAUACGACGGCGGUAACAUCUUCGCCGACGACGAUGACGACGAUAACUACGAUGACGAUGACGAUAACUACGACGACGACGGUAACGACGACGACGGUAACUACGAUAACUACGACGACGCUAACGACGACGGUAACUACGACGACAGCGACGCCGACGAUGACAAAAAAGGGACCGCCGCGUCGCCGUGGCCCUGCGGCGAGGGCGGUGUGGCCGGCGGUGUGGCCGGCGACGGGGACGACGCGGGCCGCGCGUGGGCCACGGCGGUGGCGCUGGCCUGGCUGGAGGGCCACUGCGCUGGCCACCUCCACGAGUGGGAGCUGGCGGCGGGCAAGGCGCAGCGCUGGCUGGAGGAGCGCCGCGGUGGUGGUGACGGCCUGCUGCUCGCGCUGCGCCACUGGGACCGCAAGCUCGACUUCACGCUGCUGUGCUACAACCAGGGCAGCUCCUGA